UAUCGCGAGCAAUGACCACCCAACCCGGGUACACAAGCCUACCGCUCUUCCUUUUAGACUAUCUCCAGCGCAUCGACAUUGCAUCGAGACAUCAUGGUUCACGUCCUCUUCAGAAACAAGAGAGUCGCCGUCCGCGACAUCGACCUUAGCCAGAUCACCAGCCUUGAGAGUGACCCUCAGCACCGCCCUUCUGCCAAGUCGAAGUACAUUCCGGUUCCUGACUCCGUAUUUCUCGAGCUCCUCACUUCCUCCUUCAACAACCAUGAGACCGCAGGAUCGAUGGUGGCAGAACUCAACUGUGACCGUGUCCGCUUCGUUGGCGGUCUUCCCCCUGGCUUUGCCUGCUAUGAGGCUCCUCCCAAGGAUGGAAGACACGACCGCUACAUCUACGGUCACCACGAGAGCACCCGCAAUAGCUUCCACGCCGACAAGCUCUUCAGAUCAUUCUCUUCGUUCGUUCCUCACGUCUACUGGAUCAUCUGCGACCAGGUCGUGAUCGGCAACCUUCCCAGAGGCUGCAAAUGCUUUCACUGUGUCGCACAGAGAACACCCGCACCCGUCAACGCUUGAACGUCAACAUCACCAUAACGAAGCAGCCAAAGGUUGUG